UCACGCUCUCUCUCCUUCACUGCGCAUGCGCCCGACAGCGAGACAGCUCCCGCACUACCUCAAUAGUUUACUAUCAAAUUAUUUUAAAGCCUGUUAACUGCUGUACAGCUAUUGUACAUUAUGGAUAUAGGAUGAAAGAAAGGCUGUAAAAUACUCUGUAGAGAUGCAAUGAGCUGUUGUUAGCUGUUGAAAUCAAAAGUGAAAGUGCUUUUGUGCUUUUGCAGCACAUUGUUUCACUUUUAUCUUGUUGUUGCAGCAAAUCAACGUUAGCUUUUAAACUUUAAUUCUUAUAAAAGCACAGAAACGAGACGCCAUGAUGAUGAUUGAAGUGCUUUUGUUUGGAUACUUCCUGACGUGCGUUUGUGCUGACGGGGUUGCAGAUGUGGUACUUGACUGCACGCUGGUGGAGGAGGGAGUCGGACUUGGUGGAAUGGGAGGUGGCACACAAUUCACACGGACUCCAGCCACUCUUGUCUUAAGAGACGUCGCAGUGGCUCCUGACGAAUCACUCGAAACACUCACUCCGUUUUUGCCGCCUUCGAUCCCUGACCCAGAUGCCAUCCUGUUAGAAGUCACAGUGUCGUCACCUGAGAUCCCUGAUGCACAUGUGUUGCUCCACGCCGACUGCAAUGAGCAGGAGGUGACGUGCGAAAUAAGCCGUUACUCACCUCAUGGAUCCCAAGAAAGUUCAGAACCAGCUUAUUUCAUGGUUUCUAUUAAUGUGGAGGGAGUUGAGUUCAGCACUGCGUUGAUUCUGCAGACUUUGGCGGUGGAGAAGGACCAGUCAACUCUCAUACAAAACAAACUGGGCCUGCCUCUUGGCCAGUCGGGAACUCUUCUGACUGAGGUGAUAUUCUUGGUGUUUUCCAACAUAAAGUCUGUAUCUGCCCAUCUGAGAAGCGAUGUUCUCCUCAACUGUGGCUUCAAGCAGCAGGAGAUACCUUUAGCGCAGGAAGUGGCCGUUGAAUGGCGACUGCAACACAAGGGGAAAGGGGGGAAAGUGCUUGAAAUGAAGACGAGGCUGGAUGAGGCAGAAGGGAGCACAGUGGUUCAUGCAGAAAGGAAGGGAUCAAGCGUGGAUGCCUCCCAGGUUGUUGGUGAAGGUAACGCCUCUGUGACUCUGACCAAACUGAAGACUUCGGAUGAGGGGACGUACAUCUGUACCGUCAGUGUUGGCCUGUUCCACGCCCAGCAGGUCAUUCAACUCCAUGUUAUUCAACCACCUGAUGUUUCGCUCUCAGAGGAGAGGUUGGUUUUGACAGCAUCGCCCCAGACGCUGAGCUGCCACUGCACUAAAUACUACCCACUGGAUGUUCAGAUGGAGUGGUUGUCCCUCUCUCCUACAGACACAGAGCCCAAAGUGCUUCCAAAUCAAGGCUCUCUGUCCAGCCAUCGACAGCAUGGUGACGGGUCUUAUUCUCUGUCAUCUCACCUCACUGUGCCCUCCAGUGUCGCCCCUGGGACUAAAAUCACCUGCAGGGUGUCUCACCCAGCCCUGGAUGCUCCUCUCUCCGUCACUCUGGUGGUAGAAAGUCCAGAACCAGGUUCCUAUUGGCUGGUUCUGGGCUUCCUGAUCAUCACCGUGCUCUUCUUCUACCAGGUCAUGAGCUAAGAUCGUAGGAUAUAUUAAUUAUUAAUCCCGACUUUAAACUGAGCCCAGAGAGACUGCGUUUGUGUCAUUUGUGAGUUUGUAAGUUAUUAGUGAUUUCAUGAGAAGCCAUCACCGGUUCUUUUAACUCCUCUAGGCUUCUGCUGAACCGAAAAAAAAAUUAUUUUAUUAUCUAGCUGUAUAAUGAAUUUGCUUUACAAAUUUGCCUGCAACAAACCUUGAAUUAAACUAUACUUUCCAACAAAAAACAUUUUUUUGUCGCACAUGAAUUACCCACAGAAGUUCUGGAUGUGAAGAGGUUAUACUUUAUCUUUUGGAGAGGCUUUUUCUGUUGCACUAUUUUCAUUUGGUACUCUUCUUUUAAAUGUAGCCUCUGUUUUUAUGGCUUGUUUUUGUGCGUGAUAUUGCUACUGUUAUUCAUUUUGUAAUUUACUUUUCACAAUAAAGGAUGUUGUGACUCAG